AUGUCGCAGCCGUUGUGGCUGAUGAUGGGGACUGCCUUUCUUCUGCGGACGACCCACACCACCGCUAGUGGGCGAAGAUAUCUCCUUUCCGCGAAGCACACCUUCGCACCGUGGCAGUAUGUGAAGGACCCCGAGCGGCUAAAGAUACCGGAGGAUUGCCGCAAGACAAGAUUCAUCAUCGGCCGUCUGUACCUCCCUGAUAAAGAGGGGCACGCGCUCGCCUCCAGUUCCAUGGAGUUGCAGCUUGUGGCGCUUCACCCGACGCUUGACGUUGCGUUGUUGGCACUGAAGGCGCCGUCUCCUGCUUCUGCUGGUGCGAGUGUGCAUGCAGUGCUCGGAGAGGUGGAGCGACGGGCAGAUGCGGCGGGCAGUGGCCUAGCGUUGUCUCCCAUCGACCCGGCGACGAGCACCACUUGUGUUGUCGCCGGUUAUCGUGGCGCGGGGUCGCUGGGGCUGCUUGAUACCUUCGACCCAGACUUGUUGCAAAAGCUACCGGCGGCGCAACGGGACGAGCUUUUGUCCAAGCUCCGGUGUGUGGAGGGCGAACAGGUGGCGGCCGUCGCGCAGGUGGAGGUGCUGCACGCUAGUGGGAUGUGCCGGGCUGUGCAGGGCCGCUGCUACCACGGCAUGUCGGGGGCGCCGGUGCUCGUGGACGAAGGGACGUGCGGCGGCGUGCUGUACGGGAAGCACGCGGAGUGCGCUGAGCAUUUGGGCUACACACCGGCGAGUUGCUUCGAGGAGUGGGUGCGGAGUGCCGUUGGGGCGGGGUAG